AUGGCGGAGCAAGCUAGACCGGCCCCCGCCAGAGGUAUUCCCCCGGGCAUACAUUCAUCGCGAGUCGCCCAGAUACAUAAAAUCAUUCAGCAAUGGACACCUCUGCUGCAUCCUACAAAGUCGCCUGAAGAGAAGUAUCAGGAGAGGCACAGGGAAGCGCAAGCGCACUUUGAAGUGGCGGCGGCCUCAGCAUGCGUGCAAUCCGAUGCAGAGAGGCUGGAUGCCCUUCAGUCCUGUAUUAACCAGCUUAAGGAACUACAGGCGGAACGUGAAGCUGAUAAGGAAGAUGAAGAGAGUAAAUACCAGCAGCUGUUCUUGGAGCAGCAGGAGGCUCUUGUCAUGGAUUUGAUCGAUACAUUCGGCCCUGAGUUGGGAGAUCAAGUGUGCAACAAGUGGCGACAGCGUGCACAGCUGCCUGUGAACAGUUCUGCUCGCUUGGACGCUUCUGCUGGUUCACCGACCGAAGUGGCCCCAAGCUCAUCAUACUUUACCCCGAAUGCAAGCCCUGUUUUACAGGCAUUCCGCCCGCCGAUUCCCAGAGCGCAGAACGAGUCCACUCCCAUCCUUCCUACACCGAGGGAUCAAGAGAUACAUACCCCCAGCCGACCUCUAGAUGAAACCCAACAGUCUUCGACAGCCCAACAAAAGAGACCUGCGAAUACUCCUCAAGGGAGUCUCCCCCGCCCGCCAAAGCGAUCCCGAUCGAAUGCGCCUCAACCACGAGGCCCUCUCACCGGCGACCGAGCCAUCGACUUCGAUGACGUCUACCAAGACGGCAAUGCCCCGACGAAGUACAUAAUUACAGAACACAAGGGCUUCUGGUAUAUCCUUGAGUGUAAGAAGCACAAGCUGCACUUCGUGAGCAACAACCCCAUCCAUGGAGCUCGCAGGCACUUGACCGCUGGGACCCACGGCCAUAUGAACGCCAAUUACGAUGAGGCAGUUCGUAUACUGGGGACGAGGGUUCUUAACUGUGAUGAAGACAAGGCCAAGCGGAACAACCUUGCCGCGCAGAGACCUACGUAUGCGCAGUAUGGUCGACCGCUUAGCAGUGUCUCAGCCGGGUCUUCGCACUCCAACAACGGGGGACCUCAGACACGAAGUACACAGUUCCUCACUGGGAUCGACCCCCAGCCCGGCGAGGUGUACACUACCUUCUGGAAGAAGACGAAGCGAUUCUUCGCUAUCCUUGUGUUACCUUGGGGUAGUUUUCGGCAGUUUGGCUGGGAUAUGAAUCUCAUGGACAACACAGCCCUUCUGAAGAAGCAUAUUCCUGUUUGCUAUGAUUACGACCCUGCUACUGGGACUGUUGACUGGGCUGAGAACUACGGGCCUGGGGAAAAGUACCAUUAUAAACGCAAGUACCCAAUCAUGUACUUCGACGCAGAUGUUUUUCCUUGGGAGUGUGCUAUCGGGUGGGUCGCCGUCAAUGAGUUCCGUGCUUACGAUCCUAACGACGAGGGGAUUGAUCAUAAAGAUCAGGUUAAUGAGUUUAUCCUGCGGAUGAAGGAUAGGGAUCGUUUGAGGAAUGGUGAGGAAGAGUCGGGAGAAGCAGAACAUCAAGAUGGUGACGCGGCGAUGGGUGAUGUCUCGGAUGAGCAGCAGUGUACGGAGGUUGAGCAGCCACCGCUGGGAUCAUGCAUGCGUCUGGCGAUUGAGAUUCCGGAUGAUGAUAGUGACACUGAAGAGGGAUCGGGCAUGAUGCCGCAAUAUGAUGACUACACGGAGGAGGGGACGCGGGUCAAGACUGAGCCGAUGAACCAAGGAACUCCUACACAGCCCUCCGAUGCUGCUACGGCGCAAGCAACUACUACCAGGUCAGAAACGGUUAACCCGUGGCACGGCCUUGAUCAUGUACCGGUUGUUCCCAACCCCAUCCCAGCGCUUGAUGCCAAUGGCGUCCUCCAUCCUUCCGUCCCAAGCACUCCUACGGUCGAGAGCCCCGGUGUCUCUUCUUCUAGUGCCCAUCUCAGACCUAGCGGACAUAUGUAUGAUCAUCUACACUCACCAUGCGUGACUGCACCCCCACCGCAAGAGCACCAUACCGCUCCCAUCGUCGACACCAGCCCCCGAGCUCCGGAAGCAGUGAUGACUCCUGGAUAUCCUUUACCAGCUCCUCUGGCGCGUAUGAACGAUCACGCUGUCUCUGAGAACUCAGCUCGGUUGGACCUGUAUGGCUAUCUAGCUCCUGGGCAUAGCGCACCCAUGAGUGCAGACGUUGCAGGGGUUGCCGGGUCAGAAUGGAUGACUCCUGCUCAGACGGCGACAGAGGGAGCGCGGGACCGUGAGAUCGAUAUCCGCAACAAUGCCGCCAGACGAUCUUAUUGGCGGCAGCCUUUCAUUACCGACGAUGACUGA